AUGUAUUUCGCUGCCAAUGCCAGUACGGUUACUAUUAUGACUACUCGAUUCUGUUACUGCCUGUUAUUCGUUGUGCUCUUUCACGUAACAUAUUCGACUGCAAGAGGUAGAUUUUAG